GAAAAGAACAAAAUUUUCAAAUUCCGUUAACACUUCGAGAAUGGGCAACAAGGAUGAUCUGCCAUGGUGGCAGACUUUGUUCAAUGACAAGGAACAUAACGCAUCGAACGUCCUUGAGCGUACCAUGAAGGCGAUCCCCGAAGAAAUAGAAAAAGCGCCCAUAGGAUGGUCAGUAGCGGCAGCCGCCAUUGGCAUUCCGGCGUCAUUUGCCCUCUUUCGACUGAUUGUCGGAAAACGAUAUCCAACGGCUGCGCAUAUACCACCACAAGCCUUUGCCAAAAGCCAGAGAGUCAAAGGAAAAGUUGUUUCCGUUGGCGAUAGUGAUAAUUUUCGUGUUUACCAUACUCCUGGCAUAGGUUGGGGCUGGUUGCGAAGCGUGCCAACUACUCGGAAAGAACUGAAGGAUCAGACUCUUCAUGUGCGAUUGGCUGGCGUUGAUGCUCCAGAAGGCGCUCACUUUGGUAUGCCCGCUCAGCCAUUCUCCGCGGAAUCCAAGGAUUGGCUCACAAACCUCUCCCUAAACAAAAAGGUUCACCUGGAGUUGUACAGUAGAGACCGAUAUGAUCGUGUGGUUGCUAUGGCCCAUCUACGUACCUGGCCAUUUUAUUGGAUUCGACGUAACGUCUCUGUAGAAAUGCUCAAGGCAGGCAUGGCCAGCAUAUAUACAUCCAAAGGGGCAGAGUAUGGCAAGUACCUUGCCAAGCUUGAAAAAGCAGAGCAGCAAGCAAAGCGACGAAAGAAAGGCAUUUGGAGCCAAAAGGACUUUGUAGACCCAUCCAUUCACAAGAAGCAAUUUCUACGCGGUGGAGAUGCACCGUAAAUACUGCUUGGUGACCCCCUAUUAAAAAUAGACUAGUUUGGUAUCUUCCAUCUCGAUGUAAAUUAAGACGCUCAAGGGAAUAAACCGGUGGAAACUCAUAAUAUUUGAUGCUGUUCCAAAAGCAUGUAUAGUCAGUUUGAAAGAUGCUGUGAAGCAUGCAAAGGCGCGACUAUGGUCAAUGCGGACAUGACCA